UCUUUCCGUCGAUUGCUCUUUAAACUAUAAUGGCUGCCGAAACUCAAGCUGAUAUUCAAACCAUCAAGACCCAGUCUGGUCAAACUCUCGAAGUCCAUACCCACCUCUUCAUCAACAACGAGUUCGUUGCCGGUCAUGGUCCCCUUAUUGAGACCAUCAACCCCACCACUGAAGAGGUUAUUUGCAAGGUCCACAGUGCUACCGAGGAAGAUGUUAACGCUGCCGUUGAAGCCGCCUAUGCCUCUUACAAGAACGUCUGGUCCAAGGUCACUCCCGCUGACCGUGGUAUUUUAAUCAACAAGUUGGCUGAUCUCAUGGAGCGUGAUCAGGAUGAACUUGCCGCUCUCGAAGCCAUCGACAAUGGAAAGGCCUUUUCCGUUGCCAGAGACGAUGAUAUCGCAGGAUGCAUUGGCUGUUACCGUUACUUUGCCGGUUGGGCUGACAAGAUCCACGGAAAGGUCAUUGACACUUCCCCUGACCAACUCGUCUACACCCGUCACGAAGCCCUUGGCGUUGUCGGUGCCAUCAUCCCCUGGAACUACCCUCUCAUGAUGGCUGCUUGGAAGUUCGCUCCUGCCCUUGCUGCUGGUAACUCCAUUGUCAUGAAGACUUCAGAACUCACUCCUUUGUCUGCAUACAAGUUUGCCGCACUAGUUAAGGAAGCUGGCUUCCCCGCUGGUGUCGUCAACAUCAUCACCGGUUACGGUCACAUCACUGGUAGCGCUCUUGCUAGCCACCGCCGCGUCUCUAAGAUGGCUUUCACUGGAUCCACCGUUACUGGCCGUAGAAUCAUGGAGAGCUCCAGCUCCUCUAACCUCAAGAAGUUGCAGCUUGAACUCGGUGGCAAGUCUGCCCAGAUUGUCUGCGCUGAUGCUGAUUUGAAGAACGCUGCCAAGCACGCCGCUGCUGGUAUCUUCAACAACCACGGUCAAAGCUGCAAUGCUGGAUCUCGUAUCUUUGUUCAAGAAUCCGUUGCUAAGGAGUUCAUUGAUCUCUUCACUGAGCAAGCUAAGGCCAUCGUUGUUGGAUGCCCCUUCAAGGAUGAAACCAACCAAGGUCCUCAAGUCUCCAAGGGACAAUUUGACAAGAUCAUGAACUACAUCAAGAUUGGUCAAGAGGAAGGCGCUACUCUUCACUUUGGUGGUGAGCGUGUUGGUGACAAGGGUUACUUCAUUACUCCCACUGUUUUCACCAACUGCAAGAACGAUAUGACCAUUAUGCGCGAAGAAAUCUUCGGUCCCGUGGUUGCCAUCGGAACCUUCACUGACGUUGAGGAAGCCAUCGAGCUUGCCAACGACAACGAGUAUGGUCUUGCUGCUGGUGUCUACACUAGCAACCACUCCACUGCCAUCAAGGUUUCCAAUGCACUCUUGGCUGGUUCCGUUUGGGUUAACUGCUACGAUCUUUUCAACAACAGCGUUCCAUUCGGUGGUUACAAGCAGAGUGGCUUCGGAAAGGAGCUUGGUAAAUAUGCUUUGUUGGAGUACACUCAAGUCAAGUCUGUCAUCACUCUUGUCGAUUUUUAAAUGCUUGGCUUCUACCUAACACCCGUUGUAUAAUACAUAUAAAUAAAAUUGAAGUUGAAAUCUGCAACUUGUU